AUGCGGCUGCGCCUGCUGCUGUCCGCGGGCGUCCUGCUGGUGGCUCUGCUGCGCUGCCCGCCGUGCGGGGCUCUGCUCAGCCGGGGGUCCGCCCCGGGCGCCCCGCAGCCCCCGCGGGGCCCCCACACCCUGGAUUUCUUCCAGCCCGAGCAGCCCCAGCAGCCGCAGCCUCGACCCGUUCUGCUCCGCAUGGGAGAAGAAUACUUCCUCCGCCUGGGGAACCUCCACAAGAGCCCCGCUCCUCGGAUGUCGCCCGACUCGUCGGCCCUCGCCGGCGGCAGUGACAACCGCCCCGGGUCCCAUCAGGCGGCGGCCGCCAACUUUUUCCGCGCGUUGCUGCAGCAGCUGCCUCCGCGCCCGCUCGACAGCCGCGCGGGUCCCGCGGAGCGCAGCGCCCCUGGCGGCCACCAGGAGGCGCUGGAGCGGGAGAGGCGCUCGGAGGAGCCGCCCAUCUCGCUGGAUCUCACCUUCCACCUGCUCCGCGAAGUCUUAGAAAUGGCCAGGGCCGAGCAGUUAGCGCAGCAAGCUCACAGCAACAGGAAACUGAUGGAGAUAAUAGGGAAAUGA